AUGCCAGACAAGAAGUCCAACAGUCGCUUCUCAAAAACUGCUGUCAAGGUCUUGAGAAACUGGCUGGAUGAACAUCAAGCGAACCCCUACCCCACUGAGGAGGAGAAAGAACAGUUGGGUCGCACGACUGGAUUACGACUUGCACAGAUCAACACAUGGCUUGCCAACGCUCGACGCAGA